AAGUAAGGUUAGAGAAGAAAGAGAAGAAAGAGAAGAGAGAGAGAGAGAGAGAGAGAGAGAGAGAGAGAGAUUGCUCCGUCUUCCCACUUGGCAAGAAAUCGCGGAAGGAAGGUAUUCUAUUCUUUAAUUCCACUUUUCAUUCCUAUUGCUUUGUCCGUAGGUGAUCGAUCGUUCUUCCGCAGCUCAAUUCUAGGGUUUCAUCAUCCAUUUCCCUCUUCUCUUCUUCUAUGGGAGGAUCGAUCAACAUCAUCAUGUACAUUAUUCCCGAUCUUUUCUCUUUUAUUUCUUCUUCUACAAAUCUAUGUUUUUCCUCUUCAAAUCUAGUGCCGUGGACGUGAAUUCCUAUGUUAUUUACCCACUUUUCCUUUUCCCUUUCCCUUUUUCUUCUUUCAAUUUAAUCGCCAAUCGUCGUUUUAAGCCGCUCCUCCUCAUAGCUUCUCUAAUCCUCGCCUAGUUCUAAUUUUGAGCCAUAUAUAUAUAUAUAUAUUGGAGUUAUGCAUAUUGAACAACUUAAUGAAUGCGGGGAGACAGAAUCUGUCGAGGACCAGUUAUUAUUUAAUGAUCUUUCUCCAACCACUGUUUUAGUUUGGGAUACAAAACGGGUUUUGGUUGGAGCUGGAGCUAGAGCUCUUUUCUAUCCAACUCUCCUAUACAAUGUUGUCAGGAACAAGAUUCAAUCUGAGUUCCGCUGGUGGGACGAAAUUGAUCAGUUUGUAUUGCUAGGUGCCGUGCCAUUUCCUGCUGAUGUUCCGCGCUUGAAGAGCCUUGGCGUUCAUGGAGUUGUUACGCUUAAUGAAUCAUAUGAAACUUUGGUUCAUACAUCACUCUAUCAUGCUUAUGGCAUCGAUCAUUUGGUGAUCCCUACAAGAGACUAUCUCUUUGCUCCAUCCCUAACUGAUAUUUGUCAAGCCGUGGAUUUCAUCCAUGACAAUGCAUCCCGUGGUUUAGCAACGUAUGUUCACUGUAAGGCUGGGAGGGGACGUAGCACGACGAUUGUUCUUUGCUACUUGGUGAAACACAAGCAUAUGACACCUGAUGUUGCAUAUCAAUAUGUGAAGUCCAUUAGGCCAAGAGUGCUCUUGGCUUCUGCUCAGCGGCAGGCUGUCCAAGAUUAUUACAACUACAACAAUAUGAGUGAGAGAACUGAUGAUGAAAGUAGUGGUCGUGUGUUAAUGAAGAUUACUAGAUCGGUGGUGGGGUUUGAGGAGGAGGAUGGGUCGGUGGUGGUAAUAACUGAAUCGGAUCUGAAUGGUUAUGAUGAGAAUAAUGAUGAUAAUGUGAGAUUUGCGAAACUGAGCGUUGCUUGCAGAGUUCAAUUUGCGAGGCUUUCCUGCAUAUGGCUUCGAUGCCAUGGCCAAAAUGUUUACAGUAAAGAACUGGAGAGUUCAGUCGGGACUACCAGUAUUCGGGUGUAUUGAGAUCAGCAGCAGUUACUAACAAGGGUUAUGCUGCUGUAACUGCAACUGCUACCUUUUUUUCUCUUUUUCUUUUUUUUUUUUUUCUGGAAAGUUGGGGUGAGUUUUUGUAUUUUUUCCCUGGACUUGUGUAUAUGUUAUGAGGGAAAAAACAGAGGAAAGUAAGUAAAACAGGGUGUACUUUUGUGUCUGCUGACAUGAAGCUGCUGUUGGAUGCAAAUAUAUGUGUACAUAAUAUAAGAGUGUUAUUUUCUUCU